GUGUUUAGUUUCACUUCCGCACUCCGCCACUCAUGUAGCCUGUUAGCUGCUGCGAUAUUAAAACACGUUAGGAAUGAAAACGUGUUGAUUAUCGUGGCCGAAACAACCGUUUAAAGCUUCCGACUGCUCGAAGAGAAACUUUACUUCAUCCGAAGCUCGAAACUUCGCUUUUAUGAGCGAAAAAAGCGACCAGGAAGCGACGUUAGCGUGAGGAAGCUGCAGCGUUUUAACCUGUUAAACUGAUCCGCAGCGAGGAAGUCAUGAAGGUGAGUCUUUGUCCCGGUCCAGGCUCCGUCCUGCUCUUGACUCUGUGGGUCCAGCUGCUUCUGACGGGAGUUCACGCCUCCAACAGCACCAAGAACUGCAAACUGUCCCCCGAGUCCGAGUCGGAACGCAAAGUCCUGAGCCGACUGGAGCCGCUGGCCAACAAGAACUUCACUGUAGAGUCUAAAAAUAAAGACGAGACCUACACGUACACGUUCCAGCUGUGUGGAGAUGCAGGAGGUGUUCAAGGAGCCGGAGUCAUUCAGAGCAACUCGAAGAGUCCGAAACCUGAGGUAGUCGGCCGGUACGACGCCACGCAGGCCAUCGGAGGAAGUGACUGGGUGAUGCUGAUCUACAGAAACGGUGAUCAAUACGACUCUCACUGCUCCAAGGAGAAGAGGAAAGCCAUCAUCAUGAUCUCCUGCAACAGGAAGACAGCGAUGGGAACUCUGGAGGUGGUUCUGGAGGACCGGGAACGAGUGGAGGACUGUUUCUACCUGUUUGAACUGGACUCCAAUGCAGUUUGUCCGGUCAUCGAGUCCCGACUCAGCGCCGGAUCCAUAAUCCUCAUCAUUGCUGCCUGUCUCGUGGCCGUCUACCUGAUCGGAGGAUUCCUGUACCAGCGGCUGGUGGUGGGAGCUAAAGGCAUGGAGCAGUUCCCCAACUACUCCUUCUGGGUGGAGCUCGGCAACAUGACGGCGGAUGGCUGCGACUUCGUCUGCCGCUCGAAGAAUCGAGACGAAGCUCCGGCGUACCGAGGAGUCUCAGCAGAACCUCUGGAGGAGGAACCGGAGGAGCGAGACGACCACCUGCUGCCGAUGUGACGGACCAGAACCUCAGAGUUCUGUUUGGUAGAAGAAGCUGCCGGAAGACACAAGUCCUUCUGUUGACUUCUGCACUGGUUCCACUGGUUUCACUGGUUCCACCGGCGGCAGCUGUCUGUUAGACCGACCUCCUCCUCUUCCUCCUCAUCUUCUUACUCCUCCUUCCUCCUCUUCUUUCUUUUCUUACCGCUCUUUUUCCUCCUCCUUCCUCAUUCUUUCUCUUGUUCUUCCUCUUUCUUAGUCCUCUUCUUCCUCCUGUUCCUCCUCCUUCUUCCUCCUCCUUUUAUUAAAAAAAUCCAGCUCUUCCUCCUUGUCCUCUUCUUCCUCCUCAUCCUCCUCUUCCUCCUUGUCCUCUUUCUAAUUCCUAUUCUUCCUCACCCACUUCCUCUUCCUCCUUCCUGUCCUCUUUCUUACUCCUCUUCUUCCUCUUCUACUUCCUCCUUCUCCUCCUCCUCAUCAGAUAUCAGAGACUCUUCCAGAGGUCGUAGGAGGAGAUCAGGAGUCUUUUAAACACUGAUUGUUGUGAAGGUCGGUCCUGAGUCCACUAAGUGCUUCUGCUUCUUUCAUCCUUCAGCUUUUUGUUUCCUCCUCCUGAAUGUAAACGUUCUGUUUUCUCUAGAAACCAAAGCUUCUCCUUCCUCUGAGUCUUCUUCUGUUACUGACUGAAAUCUGAGCUGCUGGUAGAUUCUCAUGCCGAAGCGUUCAGCUGAAACUCCAAAUUACAUCUCUUUACAUCGAUGUUUUCCUCGUAAAAAUGCAACUACACAGCAAAACAAGUGCAACUGUUGAGUAUUUUUCAAAAUAAAACAUCAUAAUUCUGUGAUUGCAGCUCGUUAAUCAGCUAAAAUUCCAGUUUGUAGUUCUGUAAAUCAAAUUUUUACUCAUAUAAAUUUAACUGUAAAGUAAAGCUGCAAGAAGGGAAACUGUUCAGUAAUUUUUUCAAAAUAAAACAUCAAAAUUCUGUGAUUGGAGCUUGUUAAUUAGCUAAAAUGUCAACUUACACUUCUUUAAAUUGUUUUUUUCUUCAUAUAAAUGUGACUAUAAAGUAAAACUACAAUUAAGGGCAACUUUAAAACAAUAAAAAUAUAUAAAUUCUGCCAUUAGGUCUUCCUAAAUGUGAAUAUUUUCUGGUGUCUUUCGUCCACUACGACGGUAAAUCCAGAAAUUAAAUAAAAAUAUUAAAUAUAUAAAAAAUACAGCUGAGUAAUUUAAAGAAGAAAAACAUAAAAAUUCUAUAAUUGCAGCUAUUUAAUUACCUAAAAUUCCAACUUACAAUUUAAAUUAUUGAAUAAUUAAAUAAUUUUUCAAAGCUACAAAAAGCGCAACUGCUGAGUAAUUUUUCAAAAUAAAAUGUCAAUAUUCUGUAAUUGCAGCUAUUAGCUAAAAUUCCAUCUUAUACAUAGUUUAAUUAUCUUCAUAUAAUUUCAACUGUAUAGUAAAGCUGCAAGAAGGAAAACGGUGAAUUUUCUAAAUAAAACAUCAAAAUCCUGUCAUUACAGCUAUUAGCUAAAAUCCCGGAUUACAAUUCGUUAAAUUUUUCUGAAUGUAAAUGUGACUAUUAGUUUGCUGCCUGUUAAUUAACUGAAAUGAUUUAAUAAGCAGAGUAGUUUUUGAAAAUAAAAUGUCAAAGUUCUGUGAUUGCAGCGAUUUCAUUUGCUAAAAAUCCAAAUUACAAUUCUCUAAAUUAUUUUAUUCUUCAUAUGAAUUUAACUAUAAAGUAAAACUGCAAGAAGGGCAACUGUUGACUAGUUUUUUAAAAAUAAUAAAAACAUAAAUUCUGUAGUAACAACUAUUUGAUUAGCUAAAAUUUUAACUUUCACUUAAAUUUUUUUCUUCAUUUAAAUGUGGCGAUAAAAUAAAGCUGCAAGAAAGGCAACUGUUGAAUAAUUUUUAAUUAAUAAAUAAAAAUAUAAAUAUUGUAAUUGCAGCUUGUUAGUUAGCUAAAAUUCCAACCUAUACAUAAUUAUUUUUUCUUCAUAUAAAUUUAAUAUAAAGUAAAGCUGCAAGAAGGGAAACAGUCAUUUUUCAAAAUAAAAUGUCUAAAUUCUAUGAUUGCAGCUAUUUAAUUAGCCAAAAUUCCAGAUUAUUUUUUUCUUCAUUUAAAUGUGACUAUAAAGUAAAAUUAUAAUUAAGGGCAAUUUUAAAACAAUAAAAAUGUCUAAAUUCUGUCAUUAGAUCUUCCUAAAUGUGAAUAUUUCCGGGUUUGUUUCGUCGUCUAUGACGAUAAGCUGAAGAUCUGAAAACUGAAAAAAAAAACAAAACAGAUUUUCCAGCAUUUUCUGACCAAACAGAGAAUCCAUAAAUUAAAUUAAAAUAUUGAAUAUGUAUGAAUUCUGCUGUUUGCAAUUGAUCAUUUCAGGAAACAACUCGUGUAUUUUCACAUAAUUAAUGAACGUUCACUGUAGCGGUGAGUAUUAUGGGAUGUAAACACUGAUCUGAACCCGACAUUCAGCUGCUUCGUUGCUUCUGUGUUCAACUACAACCAACGUGUUACAGCUUAGAGGAUUUCAUGGUGAGAUCUGUGACGUUUUUACAUAAAUCUGAAUAUUAAUGCUGCUACGGCUCGCUGGCUUUGAGUUUUUCUGUUUGGGUUUUUUUCUGCUUCUUCUUGGUUCUUCGUUUGGUUCGAGGACUUUUGUCACUGAAGAGCCUCCAGGUCGUUUGGCUCGAUAUUCAUUAAAAGCCACUGAAGUUUGUUUUCUGAUUCCAUUAAAGAGAAACAACGAA